AUGGCCCUCACAAAAGAAGUGCAAAUCCUAAUUGUGAUUGUCGGGUGUGUUGUAAGCGUUCUCCUGGGCUACUCUAUCCACUAUCUCGCAACGAACGGCUUUCAAGGGGAAAACGAGCCAAAGGAGAUGAGCCACGAGCAGAGACAGUAUAUGCGAGAGUUCCGGCUCAAGCAGAUGAAUUGGAUGGCGAGGGACGCGAAUGCAGUUUGGUUUGUUUGCAUGCAGCAGCAGCAGCCACAGGUGCAGUAG